CCUGGUCAAAGUAUAAGCAGUAUAAGCAGCGCGUCAACACCUCUGUAGGUUAAGAGGAGAUAUUGGGUUCUGUAUAGCCUUGAGCUUGAGCUGCGGUAUUAACGCCGUGUAUUCGGGGACCCAAUGUCCCUGAAUCAAGCAGCCCAGGUCACACGCUGCCAACAGACGCUUGCAGCUAAGCUGCCGCCCGUGAAAUAGCCUCCAAAAGCAAAGACGAUGUUUGAGCUGGAUAGCCCUUAUUCAGAUGUUGCACUGCCUCAACUCAGUCCGGCUGAUCAGGAUACCAUCCUGAAUCUUCUUACCGGCUUCCUCUCGCCCAUCGGCCACUACCGCACCACUCACAUUACCCCCUCAAAAGGAAAACGCAACAAGAAGGCCAAGCGCCGGAAACUCAAAGGCGGCGCCGCCAAACCUGCCCAAGAGGCCUCGGUGCCACCCCCUGAGCUAAGCUCCUACAUCCUCGUCGGCCUCAACAGCAUUACCCGCCACCUCGAGUCUCAAUCUCGCAAGGCUUGUCCACCAUCACUCGGUGUGCCAAUACCCAGUUCUGACGGACCAGCAAACCCACAACGACAUCUCGCCGUAGUUGUCACGACUUGGCCCUCCGUCCCUCCGAUCCUCACGUCUCAUCUCCACAAGCUUCUUCAAACAAGCUCUCUACUCCACCCCAGUCUCCCGCCGACGCGCUUGGUCAUCCUUCCAAGGAGUAGCGAAAAGCGUCUCUGCAGUGCCCUGGGUGUUCCACGUGCGGGGUUUAUCGGGGUAUUCGACGGUGCCCCUUCUGCUACUGCAGUAAUUGACUUCUGCCUCGCGAAUGUGCCUGAAUUAGAAGUUGAUGGGUGGCUGAAGGCUGAUAAAGUGCUUUCAUGCCGCUGAAAAUAAACACCGUUGAAGCGGCUGAUUCUGCUGUGCAGAAUAAAGUCUGAAUAAAUAGAUGAGUAAAAGAUUUAUAUACCCAACAUCUACCCAAAAAAUAUUUAUCUACCGCACCGCCUUCUGUAACCCCUGCAAUUCCCGUGACCUCGCUGCCGUGACCUUGCUGCCGUGACCUAGCCAGGGGCAGCUUUCCUCCGCACAAAUCCAGGAAGCUUGGCCAGCGUCUCGAUGCUCAGU